AAUUUGGCUUUUAACAUUUUUUACAGAGAAGCUGUUAAUUAAUUCCACACUCUUGUAGUGUAUUCAGAUAGAAUAGAAAAUAAACGUUUGGAGGGAGAGGAGGUGUUCAAGACUCCUAUCUGGGCUGUGAAAAGUUAACAUGCAUAGCUACAACUGUAUGGAUGCAGCUUAAACUGCAGAUUUUAAAGCAACAUUCAAGAAGCUUAGGUGUCUUUAUGUCAUUCAGAGUAUUUUAUUUCCCAGACAAAUCUACAAAUCAUAUUCAUUUUUUCUUUUGUUAUUUCUGUAGUUGGUAGUAAAAACUUGAUGGAUAGUGUGUUUAGCCCUACUUUAUUUCCGUGACUGCACACUGCUGAUUAGCUUCACUUUGCCAUUUGUAGUAAAGUGGUUCAAAUUCAUUUAGCCUAAUUAUCUUAGCACUUAUGUCCCAGGGUGUAAACAAGCUUUCAAAGACCUGUAAUCUCCACAGAGAGGGGAUAGGUUGACCUUAAUUCUCUUAAUUCUUAAUUUGAAGGACAUGUUUCUCCUGCCACAGGUCUGACCCUUUACCCAAAUUGCCUCUAUGGUUUUAGUGUAUCACAACAACUUGCAGUGUCCUUCCCUUUUUAUUAAACAAAUAUGUUAUUUGUCUUUAUGUGAUAGAACAUUUAUUAAUGAAUGUCCAAGUGGGCUGAUCACUCUGCAUGAGUUUCAAAGACAUUUCUGCAAUGGAACAGUGGGCAGUGAGUCUGCUGAGUAUGCAGAACAGAUAUUCCGCACAUUGGACAAUAAUGGGGAUGGUGUGGUUGAUUUCAGGGAGUAUGUCAUGGCCAUCAGCAUGCUUAUUGAAGGUUCUGCUGUGGAGAAGCUGCGGUGGUCAUUUAAGCUCUAUGACAAAGAUGGAGACGGAGCAAUUACAAGGGAGGAAAUGCUGGAGAUUACGCAGGCUGUGUAUAAGAUGAAGGUAGCCGCUGCUUUAACCAAAUCCAACCCACUUACAGCUGAAGAGUGUACCAACAGGAUAUUUAUGCGAUUAGAUAAAGACAAUAACGCCAUCAUCAGCCUGGAGGAGUUCACAGAGGGAGCGCUGAAUGAUGAUUGGAUCAGGGAAAUGCUGGAAUGUGAUCCUAGCACUGUGAAGAUGGAGAGGCCCCUGAGGAGGGACACCGCUUUGGGGACCCAUGGUUGACCUGAAGUGGGGCAUUCUGUUCACUGGGAGCAGAGAAAUGAACCAGUCGAUGUUUGGAUUGGAAAUUUCCAGGAAUUGUUGCGGCAACACACCUUCCAUUCCCUGUGACAAAUGAUAUAACCGUCUGAGUAACUUAGAGCACUAGAAAAUGUAGAUAUAGUUUUAUGUUAAGUUGUCACAUUAUAAAAAGCAUUAUCUUCUGCCAUGUUUUAUUUUGUAUUAUUUUUUUUAACUGUAUUUUGGAUCAGUGGGUUUUAUUGGCUGCAUCAUUUUAUGUAGUUUUGAUCAUUUCUGUUUUCCUGUGUCUGAUUGUAUCUCCUAUAGGUAUGCUUUCCUCAAAAACAAUAAUACAAAAGUAAUUCCUCUCCAUCAUCACUAUUGGCCCGCUAGAGGUGUGUGGUGGUGGUGGUGGUGUCUGUAUCUGCCUGCCCUCUGCCUGUAUUUUCUCAUCAAAUCAAUUUUAUUUAUUUUAAUUACAGUAUAUUGGCACGCUUUUAAGAAAAAGACAAGGGCUCAGUAAUGUCCAUAAACAUGAUCCGAUGGUUUAGGGAAUGUUUGGGACAGAAAGAUGCAAGUGAAACAUUUGAGGCAGCAUUCAUUUUAUUUUUCCUAAAUUCAUCUGGGUAGGGGUUUAUAUAUUCUAAUGCUAUUGACAAAUGCUAUUGUUAAAGGGACAGUUUGCCCCAAAAUCAAAACUAUUUUUCCUCUUGCCUGUAGUGCUAUUCAUCAGUCUAGAUGGUUGUGGUGUUACCAGUGUUGGAGAUAUCGGCCGAAGAGAUGUCUGCCUUUUCUCCAAUGUAAUGGAACUAGAUGGCACUCGACUUAUGGUGCUCAAAGCACCAAAAACAUACUGUAAAGAAAAAAACACAGCUCUGUGAGUAAGACAACUGUUUUAGGUAAACAUGUUUACAGUGGCUCCCUUGACUGCCCAGGGUCCUGUAACAUCUGCCCUUCAUGCCCUUGGUAUUCAAUUCACGUCUGCAAUAUUUUCAUUUUUUGCCACCUAAUACUUUUAUUCCACUUCACUUUAGAUGGAAAUAUUGUACUUUUUACUUCACUGCAUAUAUCAUAUAGCUAUAUUUACUAGUUACUUUGCAGACUUAGAAUUUACCAACAAAACAUCACCAGAUUAAAAUAAAUAUGAUGCAAUGUUCUUAAAUAAAACUACCAAGUUGUUAAAACUAGCUCCAUACUUAUGCUCCUUGAUCAGCUACAGCAUCAAGAUGAUACUUAAAUGUUAAUGCAUACAAUAAUCCAAUAAUAUAAUAUGUAACCUAACAAUCUGCAAAGGCCCCUCUGCAUAUUGAGUAGGCUACUUUUACUUUUAAAUACUUAAGUAAAUAUUGCUGUUAAUGCGUCUGUACUUUUAUUUAAAUAAAACUUUGAAUUCAAAAA